AUGACAAAAGAUAACAAAGACAAUAAAAAGAACAACAACAACAAUAACAAAAAUAAAUCCAAAAAGAAUGAAAUAAAACCAAUAACAGAAGAUAGUCGAUUUAAACAAGUUCAUAAUGAUCCAAGAUUUAAAUUUCCAAAUUUUAAAAGUUUAAAAAUAAAAGUUGAUGAUAGAUUUAGUAAAAAAGAACUUAGUAAGCUAAAUAAUAAUAAUAAUGUUAAAAUUGAUAGAUAUGGUAGAAAAUUAAAUAAAGAUGAUUUAAGAAAUAAAGUUAUUGAUAAAUUUAUUGAACAUGAAGAUGAAGAUGAGGAAGAAGAAUCCACUAGUGAGGCUGAGGAAAGUGAGGAAGAAGAAGAAGAAGAUGAAGAAGUUUCAAAACUAGAGAAGAAAAUUCGAAAAGAAGAGUCUGAAUUAGAUCGAGCUAGAGGCGAAGGGAUGGAUAGUGAUAUACUGUCAUCAUCAUCAGACGAAGAAGAAGAAGAAGACGAUUCCUCAGACGAAAGUGAUUUAUCGUUAGACGAAGACGAAGAAGAAGAGGAAGAAUCAGAAGUUGAAAUUGAAGAAAAUAAACCACAAGAAUCAGAACCAACGAAAUCAUUUGCUGUAGUAAAUAUGGAUUGGGAUAAUUUAAGAGCAGAAGAUUUAAUGGCUACAUUUAUAUCAUUUGUACCGAAAGGUGGAUCUAUAAAAUCAGUUAAAAUAUAUCCUUCAGAGUUUGGAAAAGAAAGAAUGCAAAAAGAAGAACUUGAAGGUCCAUCUAGAGAAAUUUUCAAAAGUAAGAGAAAAUCAAAAAAAUCAGAGAACAAUGAUUCAGAUGAUGAUUCUGAUUCUGAUUCAGAUUUGGAUUCUGAUGUUGAUAUAAAUGACGCAAAAGAAUUGGAACGAGUGACCAAGAAACUUUAUGAACAAGAUGAUGGUAAAGAAGAUUAUGAUAGUAAGGCAUUAAGAAGAUAUCAAUUACAAAGAUUACGAUAUUUUUAUGCAGUUGUUGAAUGUGAUUCAAUUAAUACUUCAGAAAAUAUAUAUAAAAACGUAGAUGGUACAGAAUAUGAAUCAACUGCAAAUAUAUUUGAUUUAAGAUAUAUACCAGAUAAUAUGGAAUUUGAUGAGAACGAUGUAAAAGAUGAAUGUUUUAAAAUUUCAAAAAAUUAUAGACCUGAUUCAAAAUUUGUUACAGAUGCUUUACAACAUUCAAAAGUAAAAUUAACAUGGGAUGAAACACCAAAGGAAAGAUUGACUUUAUCUUCUAGACCUUUAUCUCAAAGAGAAAUUGAAGAUAAUGAUUUUAAAGCUUAUUUAGCUAGUGAUUCUGAAAAUGAUAAUGAUGAUAAAGAUAAUGAGAAUAAUAAUCUAAAAAAUAAAUAUCAGAGUCUAUUGGGAAAUACUUUUUCAAAACUAAAUAAAGAAGAAAAUGAAGAUGAAGAUGAAGACGAUGUAGAUAUGGAAAUUACAUUUGAUCCAGGUUUGAAAGAUGGAAAAGUUGAUAGUGAAGAAGAAGAAAAAGAAGAAACAACCAUAGAUGCAUAUAAGAGGAAAGAAAAGGAAAGACGUCAAAGAAGAUUAAAUAAGUACAAAGAAAGUAAAGAAGUUGAAGAAGAUGAAGAAGAAGAAAUAUCAAAAUCAAAAUCAAACAAAAAAAGAGAUGAUAAAAAGCAUAAUAGGAGAUCAAAAGAACAAAACAAUUUGACUGAUAAACAAAAAGCAGAAUUAGAAUUAGUUCUAAUGGAUAAUGAAAAACAACAACAAAAUAAUCAUUUUAAUAUGAAAGAUGUUUUGAAAAAUGAAAAAAAUUUGAAAAACACCAAAAAUAAAAAGGGUAACAAAAAAAUUGAUUCAGAAAUGAUUCAAGAUAAUUUUAAUGUUGAUUUACAAGAUGAUAGAUUUAAUGAAAUUUUUGAAAAUCAUGAAUAUGCUAUUGAUCCAACUAGUAGUGAAUUUAAAAAGUCUAAUAUUAUGAAUAAAAUUUUGAAAGAAAGAUCAAUAAGGAAAAAUAAAAAUGAUAAAUUUAAUGAUAAAUCGUCGUCUAAGAAACGUAAAUUUGAAAGUAAUGGUAAUAAAGACGAUUAUAAUGAUGUUAAAAAUUUAGCAAAGAAAUUAAAGAAUAGAAGAUAA